AUGAACGUGCUCCGAUCCCGAUCCGCUCUUCCCCGACCCGCCAGAUUACUCCAAUCUACCUCCGCCAUCACCAAGAGAGGUUACGCAUCCAAAGAUGUCGUCUUUGGAAACGAUGCCAGACAAGGAAUGUUGAAAGGUGUUGAUAUCCUUGCUAAAGCUGUCAGCGCUACUCUCGGUCCAAAGGGAAGAACCGUCAUCAUUGGCCAAAGUUUCGGUGGACCAAAGAUCACCAAAGAUGGUGUGUCUGUAGCUAAAGCUAUCACCCUCAAAGACCCAGUAGAGAACCUAGGUGCUCGUCUCGUUCAAGAUGUUGCCUCCAAGACCAACGAUACCGCUGGUGACGGUACUACCACCGCUACUGUCCUUGCCCGAGCUAUCUACUCUGAAGGUGUGAAGAAUGUCGCUGCUGGUUGUAACCCCAUGGACCUUAGGCGAGGUGCUCAGAAGGCUGUUGACAAGGUUCUUGAGGUCCUUGAGACUAACAAGCGAGUCAUCACCACCAGCGAGGAAAUUGCACAAGUCGCCACCAUCUCCGCUAACGGUGACACUCACGUUGGUGCUAUCAUCGCCCAAGCUAUGGAGAAAGUCGGUAAAGAAGGUGUGAUUACCGUCAAGGAGGGUCGAACCAUUGAAGAUGAGAUCGAGAUCACCGAAGGUAUGAGAUUUGACCGAGGAUUCCUUUCACCAUAUCUCAUCACCGACGCCAAAAAUCAACGAGUCGAGUUGGAAAAACCCUUCGUCCUCCUUUCCGAGAAGAAGAUCUCAGCUUUACAAGAUAUCUUGCCAUCUUUGGAAAUCGCCGCUCAGACCAGACGACCAUUAUUGAUCAUUGCUGAAGAUGUCGAUGGAGAAGCUUUGGCCGCUAUCAUCUUGAACAAGCUCAGAGGUCAACUCUCAGUCGCUGCUGUCAAGGCACCAGGUUUCGGUGACAACAGGAAAUCAAUCUUGGGUGAUAUCGCCAUCUUAACUGGUGGUACCGUCUUCACCGAUGAGUUAGAUGUUAAACUCGAUAAAGCCACCCCUGAUCUUUUCGGUUCUACCGGUUCAGUCACCAUAACCAAGGAAGAUACUAUCAUCCUCAAUGGUGAAGGUGACAAGGCCAACAUCCAAGCUAGAUGUGAGCAGAUCAGAGGUGUCAUCAACGAUGCUACCACUAGCGAUUACGACAGGACCAAACUCCAAGAACGAUUGGCCAAGUUGGGUGGCGGUGUGGCUGUCAUCAAAGUUGGUGGAUCAUCUGAAGUUGAGGUCGGAGAGAAGAAGGACAGAUACGACGAUGCUCUUAAUGCUACUCGAGCGGCUGUCGAGGAGGGAAUCGUCCCAGGUGGUGGUACCGCUCUUUUGAAAGCUUCCAUUCAACUUGAUAACCUCAACGUUGACAACUUCGACCAGAAAUUAGGUGUAUCCAUGAUCCGACAAGCUAUUCGACGACCCGUCCGAACCAUCGUCGAGAACGCAGGUGAAGAAGGAUCAGUAGUCGUUGGUAAAUUAUUAUCCGAGGAAUUCUCAUCGCAAGACAAGUUCAACUGGGGAUACGAUGCUGCCACCUCUCAAUACAGAGAUAUGAUCUCUGCUGGUAUCCUUGAUCCUCUCAAGGUAGUCAGGACAGCUUUGGUUGAUGCCUCAGGUGUGGCCAGUUUAUUAACUACAUCUGAAGCUUGUGUGGUCGAUGCUGAGGAGAAGACCCCUCCUCCUGGUAUGGGAAUGGGAGGAGGAAUGGGAGGUAUGCCAGGUAUGGGAAUGAUGUAA